UUUAAAAGUAUUUUUAUAUAUCUGUGACUUAAACAUUUAUAGACUCCAUAGAAUAUAGAUAAUAUCUAUGUAAAAAUUGUAAACACCCAUGUCGGUCAUGCACAUAAGACUCCUAGCGACUAUCAAUUCAUUCAAUUCAGUAUAGGCGUAUAGGCCGUUUAGCACAGWACCGCWCUAUUAUUUUUUAUUUAGUUCCGUCUUGGCGUCUUCCACUAGUUCCACUUGAUUGGGGGUGACUGCCGAAUAGAUUUAGUUUUUUUCACUUGUGGUCUGUGAUGUAUUAAAAUUUUUAGAUAAACUUCGGUAGUUCGGUGUCUGGGAGUUCCAUAUUAGCUUGCAAAUCUAUUGAUUUAACUUAAAAUGACUUUGUAUCAUUUUGGUAAUUGUGUGACUUUAUUGUACGUUCCACACUAUUUAACGUACAAAUACGCAAAUCUAUCUGAAUAUGGAGCAUUUUGGAAGUGCAUACAAGGUGGCAUUAUCUAUGCGUUUACCCAACUAUGCAAGAUGUUAAUUUUAGCAACAUUCUUUCCGGCCAACGAAGCAUCUAUAACCACAUUGAGUUUAUCGAAUUUUUUCAAAAGCUCUGUUGAUUUAGCAGAUAUUGCUGGAAUAUAUGUUAUAUUGCAAAGCAUACCUGGCAAAGGGCAUGCCAAGGUAAUGACUGCUGGCAUUGGCUGGGCGGGUGCUGAAAUAUUGUUGACACGAUUUCUACUCUUAUGGGUAGGUGCAAGAGGCACUGAAUUUGAUUGGAAGUAUACACAAAAAUGCUUAGAGUCUAAUAUAAAUUUGAUGCAUCAUAUAAUGACUGCUGCAUUAGUUUGGUUAUGGUCCAGACAUGACUUAAAUAAAAUACAAUCAAAAUGUUCACCAUUUGUUGUUGUCAGCAUUCUUCUAUUACUGUCUGUUUACCGUUCAGUGGUUAUAGACUCUCUUGCUGCUUGGCUUUUAAUUGAUCCCUGGUCUAUAAUCGCUAUCAAAGGAGUUUAUACAAUUAUUCUAGGUUUAAUAAUGUUAAAAUAUUAUACAAGACUUUCAACAUUAAUUGGAAUGUACUAAAGAGAAUUAAAAAAUAAUUAUACAAA